AUGGGGGAUGUACGCAAUUAUGAUUAUGUUAGUGUAACCAUUAUUAUUAUUUGCCCUCAGAUUAGUCCCACCGUUCAGUACACAGUAGCGGAGAACAAAACAGCCACAAUCAGUAGCGCUGCUGCUGUUCGUAUCCACACAGAACUGAUACUGCUGCUGUCAACAUUAGCCUUAUUCUUCUGUACGGUGGAAGUGAUGUUGUUGAACUGUGAGUCAGUUACAGAUAAAGGAAGAGUUUGCAUCUGUUCUGUUUUCGGUCUCACCACUGUUCGCGGUGUGUGCUGGAGUAAUUGUUAUUGA